AUGACUGAAUUUACAGACAUCUGUGAAUACCUUGCCAGGAACCCAUUGGCAAAUAUUCUCGCGUUAUUUCUAGAUAUCUAUGAAGACAGUGGUUCUAAACCUGCUUAUGCUGCAUUAUUUUUUUCUUUAGCACCUUACGCAUUCGUCGUCAAAGACAAAGAUGCUUCGUCCCAACUGUUUAAACAAUUGAAUUCUAUUGCCACCAAAAUCAACGAGAACGUGAUCGACGUCAUCAGACUCCAACCUCUCUUUCAUGCUAUCUCAGAAAAAGAAAAUGAGAAAGACAUACUCAACAUUGCACUAGACUUCGCUCGAAACCCACCAUACAGGAUCGGCCUCAUACAAAGAAGCUGUCGACCCACGUCAACUCCUUCCCUCAGUAAGGAGACAAUCCUGCGGGGUAAUGAUGAGUUAUUCAGCUAUCAAACAACAGCUCCAAUUGUCGAAAAAGCCCUGCAGAAUGAACUUGAUGGUAACGUAAUCACUGGGCUCAACAACUUCUGGGAAAUAUUUUUCCUAGAUCAAGAUUGGUCCGACCAAACUCUUCGCAUCUGGGAGUGUUAUCAAAGGUACGAAAUAGAUGAGAUCGAAGAACGGGAAAGAGAUGAUGGCGGAAAUCCACUAAUAGCUCAGACAAAAUAUUUAUCCAGAGAGAGUAAUCCGAAAGAAACUUUGAAGCUAACCCACAGACAAAAAAACCCCAAAAUGUUCACGGGGCUAGAAACACUAGAAGAAGGUAUCCCUCUAGGAACAUCAGGAGGGAGCCAGAGACAAGAAACUAAUAAAGAAGUGCAUUGUCCUGAAUUAACGGAAGGGAAUAAAAUAGUGGAAAUGAAGUUGACCUAUAAGAACAAAAUCUUGAUUGAAAACAUGACAGAGAAAGAGAUUUGGGACUGGCUCAUUUUUUUUCAGGACAACUUUUUAAACCAGCUCAUAAAUCCAAACUCGAACUCCCUUAGAUUGUUCCCAUCCCUUGUAAUAGAGGACAAAGGAUCCCAGAUUAGAAACAAGUACUGUCAUACAAGUCAUAAUUAUCAGAUAAAAGGAACAACCAACAAUUAUCAGGUUGACUUCCUUGUCAAGAGUAUCGAUGUGCCCAGUAAUGAAAUACACCAGUGGAAGGAUGUCAGAGUGCUUGGGGAAUUUACGAUAAAGCCCUUCAAAGAUGAGAGAAGGAAUAAAUUUCUUCAAUUAUCAAGAUCAGUCCUGCAAAUAUUUUCUACACAGCCACUUCGUCAGUUUGUGCAUGGAUUCUGCCUUUUUAAAAACGACUUUGAACUUUGGUUGUUCAAUCGCUCCGGUGCGUAUAGUUCUGGUCCAUUAUCUAUCAAAGAUAAUAAAGACAAGCUGGUAAGAGCAAUAUCAUCAUACCUGUUCAUGAGUGAUGAAGAACUGGGAAUCUACUCUCCUUUCCGAAAUGUCAAUGGAAGGUCUUUCCUAUCAUUUAGCACUGAGAAAGAUGAUCAGGCUCAGGACUAUGAUAUCAAUCCUAAUCCUAUUUUCAAGGCGGGGACACUAGUCUCUCGUGGCACUGUUUGCUACGAAAUGAGCGAAGAGAGUGCAAUCGUGAAGUACUCGUGGACAAGGACUGCAGGAAAAUCAGAAAUUGACUUCAUGCAAGACGCCUGUGAUACCGAAGGUGUUGUCAAUUAUCUCCGAGCAGAUAGAAUUUGCAAGACGAGUGAUCAUCUACAGGGUCUCAAUUUUGGUAGUGCGGCUUACUCGGAUAUAAGCGGUCUAAAACCUAUUGCAACAGGGAAAGGUGAAAAGCAACCAACUACACCCCCACGCAUUAAAGAUCGGGAGCUGACCAGACUUAUUGUCACACCUCGUGGUUUUAGACUGAAUAGCAGCAGGACGAUACUUGAAUUUGUCGAAGGGAUAAGAGACGCCAUCAUGGCACACCAACGUUUAUUUGUUGAAAAGAAGGUACUCCAUGGCGACAUCUCUGACGGAAACAUAAUUUUGGCUUUCGUUGGUGGCAGGUUUCGAGGGUUACUGAUCGACUUUGACCACGCCGUAAAGGUCGAAGAUACUUCAGACAAGCAUGAGAACUCGUACUUGACCGGCACCUUGAAAUACAUGGCGCUCGAAAGACUUGAAUAUGCUGCAAAAACUGAAAAUUCUAUAACACGAACCUAUUAUCAUGACCUGGAGUCUUUUUUUUAUGUAUUCCUCACAGGCUGCAUAGAAUAUGAACGCCGCGAGAAUCCGAAAGUAGUAGUUAAUCUACAAAGUUGGUGUGAAGAAAAUAUCAAGGAAAACUUCAAAGGCAAGCGUAGUGAUAUGACUUACUUCGAAACUGAUAUUCUUCCCAAAUUCUCGAACAAUUUCGACGAUUUGAAGGAACUUGCGCGGAAGUUACACAAAAUUUUAUUCGGAGAUGGUCAAGUCAACUUUGGAACACCUAUCGAAUACGAACCUGUGUACAGAGACAUGAUCGGGGCUUUCGACGAAGUCAUUGCGCUGAUUAGAGGUGGAAUAAUAUUGAAUAAAGCUUUAGAACAGAAUAAAAUUUAUUAG